CUUCACAGACAUUGUGAUUGUUGUAUUUCAACAAUUUUCCUUAUUCACUAAAAAAGUUAUCAUGUUGAUCAUUUGAAUGAACUGAGAGACAGAAAACACAAAAUCAAUAUUAACAUGAUUUUACCUACAAGUUUAUGCAUCACAGUGUUAUGCUGUAUUAUUAUACAUCAACCGAAUUUUGUAUCCACAACACAAAAUCAAUCCGUUUACUCGUAUACAUAUACUACUCAUUUACCAUUAGUAGUAUUCAAUGAUAAUCAGCUAUUCACUAAUAACUAUGUCAGCUUAAAUUGCCCACUGAUACAUGCUCAACAUGGAGAUGUAUUGAUAUUUUUCAAAUCGAAUGUACCGCUUCACCGGGUAAUUUUAGAUGAAACCAAUUUAAAGUCGAAUUAUUUAUUAAAAUUAUUCAACUUUGAAGCCAAUGUUGAUUAUUGGUGUAAAUUAUACCGUGACAGAGAAAAUCAGCUGAAUAUUAUUACAGAAAUUAGAUUAUUGCUUACACCUAACACCGUUUAUGAAUCAUUUGUCUAUGAACGUAAAGAAACUCAAAUUAUUGAAGGUGUUCUCGGUGAGCCGUUAACAAUCAUAUGCAAUCCAACAGGAUCUCAAUUCCUUACAAAUAAUACACGUAUAGUGUGGUAUCAUUUGCCUGGCUUACAAAUCAAUGGACAAACAAAUUCCCAUUUAAAAAUUCACACAUUGACAGUCAAUGAUUUGGGUACUUAUUUCUGUUCAGAGUAUUCAACAUCAUUGCAUCGGUAUUUGCCAGUGCAAAAAAUUGAAUUAUGGUCAAGUAAUUUUAUGUCAGAAAUUAAUUUUGCAAAAUUAAUUCAUUCCGCCACAUCGAAAUAUUUCCAUUGUCCUAAUGUACCAAAUGAUAAUACUUUUGUCAUAUGGGAAUAUCCUAUCGGCAAUGUGAUUGUGAAUGAAUACAAUGAUAAAUUUGAACAAACUACACAUAACACGCCAUAUAACACCAAACAUAUUCUACCACUAUGUCAAUAUGGUUGGAUAGAUCAGCUGAAUACAACAUCAUCAUCAUCAUCAUCAUCAGAUCAACAAAUUCGUUUAAAACGUACACGUAGAUCAAUUGAUUCCACUCCAUAUAUUACAAUAUCACGAAGAAUUGAUCCUGAUGAUCCAUCUGUGAUUUUACAAUGUCAUAUGCCAUCGAACGAAGCCACGACAUCCACUUACAAUUAUCAAUGGUCAACAGUUGAAGAGGGAAAGAUUGGUGAUAGUGAGACAAUAGUUCGUCAACUCAUCAUUGAUCAUGUGCCAGAUGAGGGUGUUAAACGUGAUACAUUGAUUACUUGUGAAGCUGUUUCAUCUGAAACUGGCGAAACUGUCGGGUCAAUUCAACUGGAUUUAGAACCGAAACCUCUUGGUACAACUGGAAAGAUGGAAUUGACGGAAAGAACCACGGAAAUUUUCAGUUAUCGAAAUGGUGAAUCUUUAGAAUUACACUGUGAAUUAGAGAAAGAUUUUGUUGGAACAGGAGCAAAUGUGAUUUGGACAUUCAAUGGUGGAACUUUACCGACUGGUACAAAUCGUUUAGAUAAAUUACGUACAAGUGUAAUUGCAAUUAAAGAAAUGGGCAAUAUUCAUGAAGGUUUAUAUGAAUGUCAACAGAAUUCCAAAAAACUACGAGGUCAUAUCAUUAGAGCACCAACUAUCGCCUCCCUAAGCGUUCUACCAAAAGAAGAGGAACUAUGGGCAAAUGUGAAUGAUAUCGCGGAAUUUCAUUGUCGAUUAGAUGGAACAGAAAACGGGAAUCAAUUGAUCGAUUGGUAUUUUAUACCAGAAGGCGGGACACAAGAAAUUCCACUGCAUCCUGAUGUCAAGAUUGAUAAUCCUUCCGCAACUCCACACACAUCAUUUUUAAGCAUACUGAAUGUUCAAAAAUAUCAUGAAGGUGUUUAUGUGUGUAGAGCGUUGAAUUUGAAAGAUACAGCGAAAUUGAUUGUAAAAACAAGAGAUUUGACUGUAACACCUGAAGAAGUUAAAGCACGUCCUGGAACAACUGUACAAUUUCUAUGUGAAUUAUCUACAGUUACCGGUAAGCAAGGCGGUAAAGUAUUCUGGAUGCGUACAGAUCGUCAAGAUUUACGUCCUGGUAAAGAAGAAGUGAUAGGAACGAAUGGUGGUAGAGCUUUAUUAGUUGUUAAAGAUGUUGGUCGAUUUGAUCAUAAUGUGUCUUAUAUGUGUACAGAUGGUUAUAGCAAAGGUUAUGCAAAAUUGUAUGUGCAAGAAGUCUGUGCACCAGGCUUUCGACCAUGUGGUUCACAAGAAUGUUUAGAAGAGACAAGAUUUUGUGAUGGAGUAGUUGAUUGUGAAGAUGGUUACGAUGAAAUUCCUUCGAAAUGUAGUGAAUGUGGUGUGAAUGAAAAUGUUUGUGAAAUGGUCAAUGAUGUGAAACCAUUGAAAAAUUGUUAUCUACAAUUUUGGCAUUGUGAUGGUGAAGAUGAUUGUGGCAAUAAUUUUGAUGAGUCGAAUUGUCUUGCUCCAAGUAGUUAUGAUCAAUGCAACGGUACACAUUAUACUUGUCCACAAGGUGAUAAAGUAAUAGCUCGUGCAUUUAUGUGUGAUUCUGUGCCAGAUUGUGAACCAAAUGGCGAUGAUGAAAGUGAAUGUAGUUAUCCAAGUAUCAUAGAACCAUCUGGUGAAACACAUUUAAUCGGUCAUCAAUCGGGAAAUUUAACUUUAACUUGUGUAGCCUAUGGUCGACCACCUCCCACUAUAAGUUGGCGAUAUAAUUGGGGACAUUUAAGAGAAGGUGUGAAACAUUCAAUAAAUUACACGGUAAUCAAUUGUAAUAUGGCUGUAAGUCAUUUAACUUUAACUGAUUUGGAACCACGUGCAAGUGGUUUGUACACUUGUGAAGCUGUCAAUCGUGGACGUGCAUUAGCACCGGAUUUUCUAGUGAAUGUAGCUAAAGGUGGAAUUUGUAAAGCGCCACAAUUUAACGAUGCUGCAUGGUUUGAUGAUAUGUGUUUGUUGUGUUAUUGUUCAAAUGUAACAGACCAGUGCACAAGUGUGAAAGGUUACAGGAAAUCACCACAUGACAUACUACUGGAUUUAAAAUCAACACCAAUUCUAUUAAACACUUAUAAUCAAGAUGGAACUAUUAUUGAUGAAGGUCAAGGUUUAGUGGAAAUUGAUGAAGAUAUACUAAGGAUACCGGAUGUACCAAAUGAAGCAACAUUUGUUGAAAGUGAUUAUCAACUAGCCGGUUCAUGGGUGAAAUCUUAUGGCUAUGAUAUUAAAUUGAAUCUACGUUUAUUUGGUGAAAGUUUAAAUUAUCUUCCUGGACCAUUUGUCGUAUUGAAUUCCACACAUCGAUCAAUUUAUUGGUGUCCACCCAAUGAUCGGUUAUUAGUUCAUAUUAUACCAACCGGUUAUGAUAACCGGAUCAAUAUACGCUUAUCGGAACGUGAACGAUGGUUUAUUGACAAACAAUGUAAACAACCAGUUGAUCAAACUAUCGGUCGUGCUGGUUUUAUGCAAGUAUUAAGUGAUGUGAAAAAAAUUGGCAUUCGUGUGAAAUAUUUCAAAGAUCAAACCACUUUAGAAUUGUUCAAUUUAAAAAUUGAACAUGCUGUGAAAUCAGAUGUACCAGGUCAAUGGAUUGGCGAAAUUGAACAAUGUCUUUGUCCUCAUGGUUAUGAAGGUCUUUCAUGUGAGAAAUGUGCACCUGGUUAUCAAAAAGAUCCUGACAAUCCAUUGAAAUGUCGACCAUUCUGUGCUUGUGAUAAAUGUGAUCCCGAUGGGAAUUGUAUUGAAUGUGCUGGGAAUCGUGCUGGACCAAGAUGUCAACAGUGUAAAGAAGGUUAUUAUCGACCGGAUAAAAGUUUAUUAGCUACAGAUUGUCAACCAUGUGAUAUGUGUGGAGAUAAUUUACCUUAUAUUGUGAAAAAAUGUCAUUUUAAUCCACAAGCUGAUGAUGAUUAUUUUUGUCAAUGUCGAAUUAAUGUAGACAAUAAAUUAAUCAGCCCAAAUUGUGAUCGUUGUCAGUUGGCUGUAGACGCUGGGGAAGAAUUACCGAUUGAUGCAAAAUGUGAUACUAAACCUCAACCAAGUGAUUGUCAUUAUCAUGGUACUCAAGUAGCUACAUCAGAUAAUGGUGAAUGUCAGUGUAAAACUGGAUACACUGGUUUAAAAUGUGAUGAAUGUGAAGAUGGCUAUUUCAAUUAUUUGGGACAAUGUUUACAAUGUUAUUGUUCUGGUAAAACAACAUCAUGUCGUUUGUCAGAUGAACAUUAUUUCUGGAAUAUUACAAUGGAUAAUUCAGCUGGAUUCGAUUUCAAUGUAUGGCUUGGUCAACGUACAGCAAUGGGUGGAUUACAACGUAAAGAGUUAACAACAGAUGGCAGUCAACGUAUUGAACGUGAUCUAGAUAGUUUUUAUGUUAAACAUCCAUUGAGUAAUAAGGGAAUCAUUCAUUUCGGUAUUGAUCUAAUCCCACCGAAACCACUUUCUCCCACACAGAGUGAUGUGGCCAUUUAUAAAUAUAUAUACGGAGGUAAAAUGUCAUUCAAAAUUGACUCCAUCAAAUUGAAUCCAAAUGAAUUGACGCAACGUGAAGCAAGUGUUGUUGUGGAACUUGAGUCACCACGUUAUGGACGUGCAUGGACACUGGCAACAUUUAAUCUCAUUACUCAACGUUAUGAAGUUGAAUUUAAUGAAAAUUGGUGGCCUGGUGGUUGGCGUCUAGGUGGUACACCAUUCACUACAACAACAUAUGAUACACAAAUUAGUAUGACAAGAAAUCAAUUAUUACGUUUUUUGCUGACAACCACAAGUAUUGGUAUUUUAACAAGUAGUGGGAAUAGUGAAUCAUUACAAGGCAUGAAAUUAUCUGGCUUGUCAAUACAAAUUAGUUUACCAGUGAAAACAGCUGAACGUCAAGCGUUUGCACAAGAACAAGGAUUACCAAAAGCACCAGUGGAAGUAUGUGAUUGUCCUAAUCGACCAACUACUCCCGACGAACGUGAAUUAUCACCAAGUUGUGAGGGUUGUACUGACCUAUCAAAACAAACAGUUAUUCGUCUAGAACCUCUUGGUGAAGAUGUGAAAUGUGGAGGAUGUUUAGGUGCUAAAUGUGACGAAUGUCCCAAAGGUGAAUAUAUUUAUGAUAUCUAUAGUGGGAAACGUUUAGAUUCAUGUCAAAAAGCUGUUACAAUCGAUACUAAAUCCCGACGAGUUAUUGUGAAACUACGUGAACCAAUUAAUUUAAUUUGUAAAGCUACAUCUUAUCGUGGUGGUCUAGUUACACACGAAUGGAUUACGCCAAAUAAUGAAUAUGCCAGUCAACCAAUUAUUACACGACAAUAUUUAAUUAAACCUGAUCAAUAUGCUACCGCGACUACCAGCAGCAGUAAAGGAAAUGUGACUACAUAUCAAUCGGAAACUUUGUUACAAAUUAAAUUUUCUAAACCUGAAGAUGCUGGUGAAUAUGUGUGUCAUGCAAAAGGCAUUGGAUCUGAAGUGCAGGAAAGAUUUUAUGUUAUAGUUACUGAUCCUAAUGUUGUCUCAGCACCUGAAGUACCGGAAGAUGAUGAAAUCAAUCGAAAAUUCCCAUUACCUGUACCGUCAGUAAUUGAUUCACCUGUGCUGACAGUUUAUGAAAUCAAACAAGAUCCUGACAAUUCACAAAUAACACUGAUCAGUGGUCAAGUGAAACCUGAAAUUUUAGAUACACAUCAUACAAUUUGGUAUGCGAUUAAUGGAACUCCAAUUGAUACGAAAAUCGAGAUCACGGAUACUGCACGUGGUGCAUUCACUGUUCAACUUCCAAUACCAUAUGAAACAAUUAAAUCGGGGAAUGAUUCAAUUACUGGCUAUUUUGUUGGGAAAGAUCCAGUUUAUACACCUCAAUGGACUGAGAUGAUAGCACCAGUUAUUAUAGCUACAGAAGCAGAUGAAAUUACCCCAGAGGAUAUUAUUGAUCCUCCAGCUGAAAUAACCAUUCCAUUUAUGCAACCGCAUGUUGUACAAGUACGAACAAAACCAGGCAAAGAAGAUAUUACUGUCACAUGGAAGAAAAUUGGACCAUUACCUGAGACGAUACAAGAAAAGAAAGCUGAUGAAGCAAUACCACCGGAUUCCGAGUCAACAACUCUACCUGAAGGUACUUCACAAGAUAAAACAAAUUUGAAUAUUUGGGCUGCAGCUGAACAACAUGAAGGUAUCUAUGAAGGAUUAGUGGUUCGUGAUCGAGAUGGUGUUGAAGUGAAACGUAUUCAAACAAUAAUACGUGUUCAACCAAUGAAUGAUGGUAGUAGAACGGAAUUAGGUCUUGCUGAAGCAGCGGAACCAAUUGAAUCCGUGGGUGAGGAUGAUGAUGAUAGUGUUGGUGAGGGAAAAGAACCGCCAGUAUGGGAUUUCAUUGUUGGCGGUUUUACUCCUGAUGCUAAAUAUUGUGAAAAACCUACUUGGACAGUAGUUGAUUAUCAAUUAAACAAAAGUAUUGAUAUAACUGACAAAGUUGAUCGUACUUCGGAUACAAAUUUCCGUGUUAAUUAUCCAUUGACAAGUGGUUUGUAUUUACGUUUUCAAUGUCAACCAAUUCCAAAGAGUAAUUUAACUGGAGAAAUUCAAUUUAACAUAUUUAUUCCUAAAGAUGAACGAAAACUUCAUGCCAAAAUAUUGAGUGAUUCAUUUGUCAAUGAUCGUCUUAUCGGUAUAACUGGAAAUGAUAUGAAUUUAACUUGUGAUGUUAAACAUACAAGUAGAAAACCGGCAAAUAUUGAUCGUAUCGAUUGGUUUGUUCAAUAUCCCAAUGGUAUCAGACGUGAUAUUAAACAUGCCCAAUUAUCUGAUAGUGUAUCUAUUGGUUCUAAAGGAGAAUGGAUUUAUUUUACAAAAUUAACUGAUCAACCACAAGGUUUACAUAUUUUCUGUGUUGUACGUUUAGACGAAGUGCAAAAAGCAACACAAGCUUACUAUUCAUCACCUCAAGUUAGUUUAUGGUUACGUGAACCGAAAGUACACGUAUUCAUUGAAGGACAAGAUCGUCCCGGCAUAAUUACUGGGGUUGAAACACAAACUGCUCAAAUUAAAUGUAUUGUAAAAGAUGCUUGGCUUAACAAGACCGUCGAAGAGGCGGAUAUUGGAUGGGAGACAAAAAUCACAUCGAUUCAAGAAGAAUUAUCUGAUAAUCAUGAACGUGCUCGACCACAACCAUCACCAAAAGAUCUUCCAAUGUUAGGCGCUAAAGCUUUAUAUGAUACAAUGGUGAUAGCUGGUCUACGUAGACAACCUAAUUGGAUAGCUAGAUUUCGUUGUAAAGGUGUGGAUUUGAAAACUGGUGCUUAUGAUUAUUCGGAUUAUGUGAAAUUAGAAGUUCUACCUGGUGAUACUUUGGAACAAAUGCCUAAACUUCGACUUGUUAGUCAUACUGAUCCCAAUUCACCUUAUCCAAAUCAAGUAGAUUGUAUUGAUGACAAUCAAAAUUAUGAAUCACAGGUAACUUGGACACGUCAAGAUGACACCAACUAUCCAGAACCAAUAUCUGCAACUCCUAAUAAAGCUAUAUUAAAAUGGACACAUAAUGGUAUAAAUAAAUUUGAUCCAAGAUUAGAUGCUGGUAUUUAUACAUGUCGUUCAGUGAAUUCAUAUUCAUCCUCAGUGAAACAAGUUUACAUACCGUAUGAUUUAAUGAAAACAGAUUAUGAAACACCAAUCACUCCUGAAGUGAAAAUAUUAUCAAAUGUUAAUGAAAUAUUCCAAGAUUCUGGUGAUCGAUAUGUUCGUGUGAUUCAAGGCCAACCAUUUGAAUUAAUUUGUACAUUCUAUGGUCAUCCUCCACCGGAAGGCGGCUUACAGUGGUCUAUUGAUCGAUUCAACGGGACUCGCAAUUCGUUAAGUUCACAUUGGUUAUCAAUGCAAGGCUUAAUUAUACAUUCUGGACGACAUUAUUGGACAACUAUUGGUUCACCACGAUUUGAUGCUUUAGGCAGACAUACUGGUGUAUUUCAAUGUACUGCAUUGAAUCCCAUCGGUCAAAUUAUUGAAAGAGAUCAAGUUCGAGUAGAACUUUAUGAAUCAUUUGUCUAUGAACGUAAAGAAACUCAAAUUAUUGAAGGUGUUCUCGGCGAACCGUUAACAUUGACAUGCAAUCCAACAGGAUCUCAAUUGCUUACAAAUAAUACACAUAUAGUGUGGUAUCGUUUGCCUGGCUUACAAAUCAAUGGACAAACAAAUUCCCACUUAAAAAUUCACUCAUUGACAGUUAAUGAUUUGGGUACUUAUUUCUGUUCAGAGUAUUCAACAUCAUUGCAUCGGUAUUUGCCAGUGCAAAAAAUUGAAUUAUGGUCAAGUAAUUUUAUGUCAGAAAUUAAUUUUGCAAAAUUAAUUCAUUCCGCCACAUCGAAAUAUUUCCAUUGUCCUAAUGUACCAAAUGAUAAUACUUUUGUCAUAUGGGAAUAUCCUAUCGGCAAUGUGAUUGUGAAUGAAUACAAUGAUAAAUUUGAACAAACUACACAUAACAUGCCACAUAACACCAAACAUAUUCUACCAUUGUGUCAAUAUGGUUGGAUAGAUCAGCUGAAUACAACAUCAUCAUCAUCAGAUCAACAAAUUUAUUUAAAACGUACACGUAGAUCAACUGAUUCCACUCCAUAUAUUACAAUAUCACGAAGAAUUGAUCCUGAUGAUCCAUCUGUGAUUUUACAAUGUCAUAUGCCAUCGAAUGAAGCCAUGACAUCCACUUACAAUUAUCAAUGGUCAACAGUAGAAGAGGGAAAGAUUGGUGAUAGUGAGACAAUAGUUCGUCAACUCAUCAUCGAUCAUGUGCCAGAUGAGGGUGUUAAACGUGAUACAUUGAUUACUUGUGAAGCUGUUUCAUCUGAAACUGGCGAAAUUGUCGGGUCAAUCCAACUGGAUUUAGAGCCGAAACCUCUUGGUACAACUGGAAAGAUGGAAUUGACUGAGAGAACUACGGAAAUUUUCAGUUAUCGAAAUGGUGAAUCUUUAGAAUUACAUUGUGAAUUAGAAAAAGAUUUUGAGGGGACAGGAGCAAAUGUGAUUUGGACAUUCAAUGGUGGAACUUUACCGACUGGUACAAAUCGUCUGGAUAAAUUACGUACAAGUGUAAUUGCAAUUAAAGAAAUGGGCAAUAUUCAUGAAGGUUUAUAUGAAUGUCAACAGAAUUCCAAAAAACUGCGAGGUCAUAUCAUUAGAGCACCAACUAUUGCAUCUCUAAGCGUUCUACCAAAAGAAGAGGAACUAUGGGCAAAUGUGAAUGAUAUCGCGGAAUUUCAUUGUCGAUUAGAUGGAACAGAAAAUGGGAAUCAAUUGAUCGAUUGGUAUUUUAUACCGGAAGGCGGUACACAAGAAAUUCCACUGCAUCCUGAUGUCAAGAUUGAUAAUCCUUCCGCAACUCCACACACAUCAUUUUUAAGCAUACUGAAUGUUCAAAAAUAUCAUGAAGGUGUUUAUGUGUGUAGAGCGUUGAAUUUGAAAGAUACAGCGAAGCUGAUUGUAAAAACAAGAGAUUUGACUGUAACACCUGAAGAAGUUAAAGCACGUCCUGGAACAACUGUACAAUUUCUAUGUGAAUUAUCUACAGUUACCGGUAAGCAAGGCGGUAAAGUAUUCUGGAUGCGUACAGAUCGUCAAGAUUUACGUCCUGGUAAAGAAGAAGUGAUAGGAACGAAUGGUGGUAGAGCUUUAUUAGUUGUUAAAGAUGUCGGUCGAUUUGAUCAUAACGUGUCUUAUAUGUGUACAGAUGGUUAUAGCAAAGGUUAUGCAAAAUUGUAUGUACAAGAAGUCUGUGCACCAGGCUUUCGACCAUGUGGUUCACAAGAAUGCUUAGAAGAGACAAGAUUUUGUGAUGGAGUAGUUGAUUGUGAAGAUGGUUACGAUGAAAUUCCUUCGAAAUGUAUAACAGAUGGUCGAGUACGUGUGGAGGUACAAGAAAUUGGAACUAAAAAUGAAAAAGAAUAUUCUUGCACAGCGUAUGAUUCAAGAACUGGUCAACGUCUGUCGAAUGUUACAUAUGAUUGGAAAUUCACUACACCAAACAAUGAAAUCAUACCCACAGUGUAUUAUUUCAAUUCAAUUGAAAGCUAUGAAAAUAACUUGAAAUUAGGCAUGUUGAAUACACAUGUUCAAUUACCGGAACAUUUACAAAAAAUUGAACGUAUUGAAGGACGGUGUAUUGUUUUAGCUAAAGAAUAUUUGACUACCGGUGAGGAUGGCCGCGAUGACGGUGAUGCUGGACGGGUCAAGUUGAAUGUUUAUGAAUCUAGACCAUUUGUUAUUAUCAAUCCAUCUGCCAUUGAUCCUAAUGAAUUGUUAACUUCACCUGAUCAAUUUAGUAAAAGUCAUCGGUUAUAUGUUACUGUGGAUGGAGUGAAAAAUGGUGCAGUUGUUAGUCCAGUCGGAUCAACAGUUACUUUAACUUGUCAAGUUUAUGAUUCUAUCAAUCAUAUACAAGUUGAAAAUUUAAAUUAUAAUUGGGAAAUAAAACGUCGUGAUGGUACACCAAUUGAUACAGCUGUCUUAGCGAAAGAUUAUGUGAAUGUCAAAGGUCCCGGUGGGAAUACAUUGAUUAUUGGCAAUCUACGUGAUUUAUCCAAUGGACUGAUAGGUCGAUGUAUUGUAUCUAAUGAGAGUAGUUCACUGGAUCCAACUAGAUCUGAUCUGGAUGCCAUUGGCGUUGGUUUAUUAGGACCAAACGAGAAAUUAUAUUCCGCUGCAUUUGAUUUUAUUACAACUGGUGAUAAAACACCUUUGGAUGAUGUUGUUUACAAGGGGAAUAAAGAUUAUGAAAUUGAUGGAAAAGAUUAUGAAGUUGUAAUCGAAGGUUUAGAUGAUGAUGGCCGAUUGAAAAUUGCAAAGAAUGAUAAUAAAACACUAACUGUUUAUUUGAAACACAAAGAAACAGGUGAACAAAUUUAUCCAAGUCCACCGAAUACUUGUGCUGGAGUUGAAACUCGCUACCUGAAUGGUUAUCCUGCACCACUCUCAUCUUUGGCGGACACAUAUGAAUUCCAAUCGGAUAAUGGAAAAUUCCAUUUAUAUAAUAUGAAAGAACCAAGUACAACACCACCAGUACAAAUGCGUUUUAUCAUUGAACAAAAGAAAUUGGAUGAAAAUGGUCAACUGAAAGAUGUGAUACGUUAUGCGUCACAAUAUAUUGAUUUGAUUCCAUCGGAAGAAGGAGAUCUGCCUGAAAGACAGCCAAUGGAGAAGAUUUAUCCGAUUAUCGAUGGUUUAAAUGGUUGCGGUCGAUUACCAAUUAUUACUGGAAAUAAUAUCACUUUAAUGUGUCGUCCAAAUGAUACACGUCUCUUAUCUGAACCACUUUUAUAUGAUUGGGAAAUUCGUGAUAAGUACGGGCAUCUAUUACCACGUGUGAAUUUAUUGGCGAAAAUAAUUAAACAAGAAAAUAAUCGUCUGAGUUUAAUUCAGAUGAUACAACCGACUAUUCCAUCGUAUGGUCGUUGUAUUAUUAUGCGAAAAUUCGGUGUACAAGAUCGUUAUCAUUCGGAAUAUUUUGAAAUUGGUGAGCAUGGAUUAGACUGUGAACCAAGUGGAUCACAAUUUAUCCCAGAUAUACCUGGUUAUAUUCCGAAACCAAGUGAACGAUAUGAAGUUUUAAUUAGAAUUGUUGGUUUAAAUAAUAUGGGUGAAGUGAUUGCUAAGCCUGGUGAUGAUAUUUCAUUGAAAUGUUUAGCAUUAAAUGCCACUACUCAAGAACCCAUUCCAAAUGUUGCCACUGGAUGGAGUUUUAUGAAUGAUUAUGAAGAAUUAUUACCAAUCGGGAAAUUAGCUUCAAGUGUCAAACUAAGUCAGGAUGAUGAAUUGCAAUUGACCAGUUUAUAUGAAAAUCCCAAUGCACGUGGUCGUUGUAUGAUUACAUUAGAUCAAAAAGUCACAUUGAGUUCACCAUACUUUAGAUAUCAUGUACCUGGUGAAAUGAUAUCACCUCAUACAUCAAUCAGUAGUCCAUCCUAUUCCGAUAAACGUGUACGAGUUGAAAUUAGUGGAUUGAAUGAACAAAAUCAAAUUAGUGUUACACGUGUUGGUGAUGAUGCAACGCUGAGAUGUCAAGCUAUUGUUGUCGAUUCUAGUUCACCUUUAUAUCCAACCCAUGGUGUACGUUAUGGUUGGGAAUGGCGUUACACUGAUGAAGACCCAGUAGCAACAAGUAAUGUUGCGGUAAGUUUAGAAACCAACGGGGAUCGGCUAGGAUUACAUGGUAUGCGUCCACCGCCGGGUACAAAGGGUAGGAAUGUUAAAGGACGGUGUAUAGUUCAUGUGCCAGCACAAAAAAUCGAUCCUUCCUUAUCGUCUGAUGAUGAAUUGGUCUAUGGGUCAGAUUACUUUACCAUUGAUGUUGCAAGAAAACCGACAACUAUUGAUCCACAGUUGAUUCCAAUCCCUGGAAGAGAUACAGAUAAUAUUGAAAUUGUUAUCGAUGGAUUAGACAAUGAAGGUUACUUAGUUGGCAAUGAAAAAGACAGUGCCAGUGUUGUAUGUGAAGCUAGAAAUUCGACCACAAAACAACGAUUAUCAACUGAAGGUCUACGUGCAGAAUAUGAUGUGAUGUAUGGUUGGGAAUUUUCCGAUGCUACAGGUCGAUCAGUAGAUUCCAGUCUGUUCGCUGACAGUGUAUCAAUGGAUUCAUCGAGGAAUUUACGUUUAAGAGAUUUAGUUGCACCUAACCGCGGUAAUUUACCAUUUAAAAUUCGUUGUACAGCUGUUGUCAGUAAACGACCAACUGUACCAGAUGAAAAACCUCCUACACCAAAAUUAUAUACAUCCGAUUAUUUCGGUGUGGAUGUUAGACGUAAUGAUGGUACAUCGACAAGAACUGGCGGUGAAGUUGACAUUAAAGGAACAUUAAUCAAAGUGAAAAUUGAUGGUUUAAAACCGGAUGGAUCAUUUACAACUCAACUGGGUGAAAAUUCAAGUAUCACAUGUACAGCUCUUGAUUCAAACACUGACGAACCAAUUCAAGAUGUAAUUAUUGGCUGGGAUAUACGACGGUCAAAUGGAGCAAUUGUGAACUUGGGCAUAUUGGCUGAUCAAGUUACGCAAGAGUCUAAUAAACUUGAAUUCUACUCAAUGAAACCAUUGAAUUCAUUUGCUGAUGAUAUACAAGGACGGUGUUUAGUUUAUCGAGGCAAUCAGAUUUAUCGAUCGGAUUAUUUUAAAAUUAAAGUGUCCACUUUACCUAAAGAGGUGGAUGUUGAAGGUGAUGGUCGUAUACUGGUACGUUUAGUCGACAUUUCACCGACAGAUCGGAAAAUCAUAUUAAAAUCUGGUCAGUUGGAAAAGAUUCGUUGUAUCGGCAUUGAUGCUCGAACUGGUGAACAAGUUGACAAUUUAAAUUAUGGAUGGGAUUAUUAUUAUCAUUAUCAAUCAGAAACAUCAGCAGCACCGAUUUACGGUUCACUUGGUCCAUUGAUCACUGAAUCGGAAGAAUUGCCAGGCGGUUAUUUAUCGAUAUUGCCGAAUAACGCCGAUCGCAGUCAAAACAUUGAAGCUUAUGUAAAAUGUCGUCUAUCGAAUGGUACAUCAGUCUAUUCAUCUCCGUAUUAUCGAUUAUUGGUCUCUGAGUCGGAUGACGAUGAGGCAGCUGAAGUCAUACCAGUGACGAUUCCUAAAUAUUUAAUUACUGUGCAUGGACUAGACAAAGAUGAUCAACUUUAUAUUAAACAAGGCGAACAAGUAUCACUUGAAUGUUCUGCUAUCGACACAGAUAACCGCAUCCAGGUCACUGUGAUUGGUUUAAAUGAUGACGGGAAUUUGAUUGGUGCAUCUGGUGAAGAAAAAACACUUGAUUGUAAUGCUGAAGCUCAAGAGACAAUCAAUUCAGAAAUACUUUCAUACAAUUGGCAAUUGAUGGAUUCAAAUGGCAAUGCCUUGUCAUUAAAUUAUUUAGCUGAUAAUAUAAGUUUAUCUAGCUCGGAUGGUGUCAUCCAAUUGAAUGGUUUACGUGUUAGCAAAUUAUCAGAACAAGGUCAUUUGAAAGGACGUUGUUUGGUUCAUGCGAAAUUCAUACGAACUACGGUACUGGCUGAUGGAUCAGAGAAACAGAAAAUUGACCAAUUAAUAUUUCAUUCAAAAAUGUUCGGUAUAGCAAUAACGGAUGAUGGUACUUAUAGUGGAGAGAUUGGUGGCUUAGAUUUACAUAGUAAUAAAGUACGCGUUGGUGUGAUUGGUUUAACUUCAUCAGGAAAAUUGAACGCUGAAUCCGGUGAUAAAAUCAAUCUUGAAUGUUAUGCAAUAGAUACACAAACUAAUACACCAGUAUCAGAUGCAAUCUAUGCAUGGGAAGUACGUGAUCGUCAUGACCAGUCAGUAAUCACAGAGACAAUAGCUAAAAAUGUUUUGCGUUCCGCAAAUGUAAUCAGUUUUAUACAUCUUCGUCCAACGGAUAAUUUAUCAUGGGAUAAACAUAUAUUUGGUCGUUGUUCAGCUUACAGUCCACAAACUAAACAUUUAUAUUAUUCCGAUUAUUUCCACAUCAAUGUUCGUCAACCGAUGAAUGAUGGAAAAACUGGACCCGAUAAUCAAGUACAUGUUGAAGUCAGUGGAAUUCCUUCGAAUGGCGUUCUAUCAGCUGAAGAAGGUGACAAUGUUAACUUGGAAUGUAAAGCUGUUAAUACCACAGAUAACACACCAAUCACAUCAGAUCAAGCUUUAUAUCAUUUCCAAUUUGAUGAAGCUGCACCAGACCGUGAUGAUACAUACGGUGGUUAUUUGGCAGAUGAAAUUAUCCAAGAACAAUUGACAUCAGACAACACUGGUGGCAUUCAAUUAACACUGAAUGGAUUAAAAUAUGGUAAAUGGCAUAGAGGACGUUGUGUUGUCACUUUGAUACAAAAAGAUGAUUAUGACAAAGAUGGCAAAGAACCAAUUAAACGGUAUACAUCUAAAUAUUUUUGGUCCGAUAUACGACAUAAAGGUGAAGCACAACUUGACGGAUUUGAUCCAAAGAAACAGAUUACAACUAUUCAUGGUAUAACUUAUGAUCCCAAUGUUCUUGUCAAAGUUUAUGGUACAAAUCUUAAUGAUACAAUAACAGUGAAACCUAAUGACAAUGUCGUGUUAGAUUGUUAUGCUUUAGAAUCCUCAACUGGUGAACCAAUUCAAGGUAUGAAUUAUGCCUGGGAAUUUUACAGUUAUGAUAAUCAACCUAUUCAUACAAAUCGUUUAGCCAAUGAACUCAUCACUGGUACAACUAAUCUAUCUCAUAGUGGACAGAAACUUCAACUCAAAGGUUAUCGAUCCACUGGUGAAGGUGUCCGAUUAAGAUGUUUAGCUAAAGGUACAAAUCAAGUGGAGAAUAAAAUACGUGAAAAUCAAAUCUAUGCAUCAUCAGUUUAUACAUUUGAAACAGUGAAAGGAUUUGAAGAGAUUGACAAGAAGUUGGAUGGUGAUGUGAAACGUUAUGAACCAAGUCAAUUACAUCCUGAAGUGAUUGGACUGAAUGCUGAUGGUACAUUGACAGCUAAGGAAGACGAAGAUGUUAAACUUCAAUGUCAAGUUGUCGAUACAUCAAAUGGAAUUCCAAUAGAAAAUGAACAAUUCAAUGUUGGUUGGACAAUAGCUACUGGACCAGAUGGCCGACCAAUACCAUUAGAGAAUUUAGCUAGCACAAUCCAUGUCAAUAAUGAUCAAUUGAAUUUACAUGACUUAAAACCGACUACAUUGAAAUCUGGCGGUCUACGUGGUUAUUGUUCAUUGUAUUUAAAUGAAGCAAAUUUAUUGAAUCCUGAAAAAUAUGAAAAUCAUACAGUCAUAUUAAAUUCCGAUGUAUUUGUUAUACAUGUGAAUCCGAAACAACCGGAAACGUACAUAGAUUCAGAUAAGGAAGAUGAGAAAACCCCGUAUAAACAAUGGAUACCAGGAAAAGAUCCUAAAAAUGCUGUCAUCGUCAAAGUUUAUGAAUUACGACCAGAUGGUAGUGUCCUAGUACCUCCAGGUGGUAAUUUAAAAUUGAAUUGUCUGGCACUUG